UGAAUGGACUUUGGGCAAAUCUGACAAAUCCUGUUGCAUUUAUUCUAAACUCUGGCUGGACACUGUUUGCAAAUAAACCCAGUUAUUACAUACCAGAGUGAAUAAUCUGUAUUUUUAGAGAAAUAGUUGGAACUAUAGGACUUGAAGGCAAAGAAGGCCUCAUACCAAGGAUCUGUUUACUCAGUUUCCCCAAAGCUCUCUGCAGAUUGAACUCCAGUGUACAUCAUGGCAGAUGUUUCCGCAACGUUUGGUGGGGCCGAGUGUAAUGGGGAUAGCCCCCUGGAACAUGAUCAACAACCCAUCACUAAUCUCAGUGAUGGUGUGACUGAUGUGGAUUCCAGAGAUGAGUGCAGUCGUGAAGAUUUACCCACCAAAGGAAACCAAGAAGAAGGAGGAAAAUCACAAGGCAGUAUGCAGCUCAGCUUGCCCAGGGCUGAGGACUUCCUGAAAGAAAAUCCAGAAGAGAACCUCUUUAUUGUUCAUAAGGUUAUCACAGAUCUUUCUCUUCAAGAAGCAAGUGCUGAUGAAAUGACGUUCAGAGGAGGGCAUCAGUGGGAGAAGAUUCCUUUGAGCGGCACUGGUAACCAGGGGAUAAGGAGACCUGCUGAGAGGAUUACUGAGCAACCAGUAGAGGAGGCAGACGAAGAGAGUAAGAGCAGAGCUCACUCGACAACAGAAACUGAAUGGUUGGGAUUUCAGAGAUCUAGCCAAGUUGUUGUAUUGCAUUCUAAACAGGAGGAGGCAGAGGAAGAGGUUUGGGAUGAAGAAACUAAUGAUGAUGAUAAUUGUAACGAUGAUGAAGAUGAAGUCCGAGUGAUAGAAUUUAAGAAAAAGCACGAAGAGGGCCCUCGAUUCAAAGAAGGUAAUGUAAAUGAGGACUCUCCACUAAGCAGCCCCGGUUCACAACCUGUGACACCUGAUGAGCUGUCAACGUUAGGAAAGAAGGGUGAUAUCUCUAGAAAUGCUUAUUCAAGGUAUAAUACAAUAUCUUACCGGAAAAUCAGGAAGGGAAACACCAAGCAAAGAAUUGAUGAAUUUGAGUCUAUGAUGCAUUUAUAAACCACCAGGAACUGACAACUUCUCCCUGCUAAAACAAAAGCUAAUUGUAUCCUGAAAUGAAUUUUUCCAUAUCUUACCGAGUUUUCCCUUGGAAGAUGUGCAAACUUGCAUUUUUUUUCACUGUACAAUAAUGUGGAAAUAACCUUAGACAGAGUUCAGUCUGGCCACUGCAAAUCAAAAAACUUUAGAUUAAUUCUUAGGCUUUGGCUUUUUAAAAAUUUCACUAAUAUCCCAUUAGAGUAAUAAGCAUGAAAAAGACAGCCCCACUGGGAAAUCUGGUACAAUGUGUCUUAAAAAGCAGUACUCAAAUGAAAGAUGCGGCCAUGUGAAACGACUCCUAUUUUUCUGUCUUUCUUCCUGCAUAUUGCAGGAAUGAAAAACCUGGCAUAAAAUCUCUGUUACUUUUAUACAUGGGUUUAUACACUCUGUUAAUAAACUUCCAAAACUCUGCGCCUUUCAUAUUAUCAUCAAAAAACAUUCUCAAGGGUUUUUGUUGGCAUCCACUGAGUGGAAAUUCUAUCGGUCUCCUUCCUAGGUGUCACCAUUCAUUGAAUUUUCUCACUAGCAGGGCUGCCAGUCAGAACUCUGCAAAUGUUCGCUUUAUGCUUUUAAAAUGAAUGAAGCUCAUUGUGAGGUCAACACAGGGAGGGGCUGGAGGAUUGGUGGGCACCAGAUGAGAGGGUUAUAUUGGUUAGUUUAUUUCUUUGGCUGGAGACAAAAUCUUGUCUAGCACAAUUAAAUUAUCAAAAAAUACAAAUGACAGUUUUAAGAACAAUUUUAAGAAAAUGUCAUUCUCUAUCACUGCCCUUUUUCUUAUUAACAUUAGCUCAGAAUAAUUUUCUUUCCUUAGCAAUCUGAGACAAUACUAGUCAUAAGUGUGCUAGUUACUAUGAAAAUGAAAAUAAUUAUCUUAGAAUACUUUCAAAGUAGGGUAUAAGCAUGUAUUUUUAGUGAGAAAAUUGAUACUUGUGGGCAUAUAUAAUUUGCUGGACCUCGGCCCACAUCAAGAAGCUUAAAAUUGUACUUGCAGAGCGUCACAAGAACCAACAUGUCAAAUAAUGUAUUGAAUAUUUAUGAAAAGAAUCUAUAUUUAUAUUCUUAGAUAGUUUGUUCCACAACUUUUCAUUUCAUUCUUCCAUAUAUAUCACCCCGAACUUUCUGUUACCACAGAUAAAAAUAUUUUUUGGCUCUGCAAAUAAGAAGACAAUUCCUUAUUGUCUGAAUGUAAUACAGUCUUCAUUGUACUAUUCAGUCCUUUGUUUGUUUCUUUUUCAUCUUGCAAAAAACGUCCUUCUUAGGUUAUUGCUUAUUUAUGUGUAAUAAAUCCUACACAUACAAGUAUGUGGCAACUUCUUUUGAUUCUUCCUGGUCAUAGAAUAUAUUUCCAUAGUAUCAUGUACCAGUAUUUAGUGUUUACAAGACUCAAUUUUGAAAUUCAGGAUUAACAUACUCCUUUUGUUCUUUUAGAUAGUUUACAACCUGAUCAUGUAAAAAGUGUUACCCUUUAGUAUAGGGUAAAGUAAUGUCUUUUACUAAGGGUAAGGGCUUACCCUUAAACCAUAGACCUUGAAGAUUUCAUUUGAUAGAAUGUGAAUUUUUAGAAUACAGUGAGGGGAAAUCAAGUUUUUAUUGAUAAAGUUAGAUAAGAGAUUGAUUCACUAAGAUAAUUCUGUUUAAUUUAGAUCUUCUGAAUCUAACUGGACAACCUAUUUUCUGGCUUAGUGAUGAUUCCUAUAAUUUUCUACUUAACAUCAAAGAACAGUAUUGUGUUAUCCAUCAGAUAGCAGGAUCACAGUAUUAACUCACCUUAAGACAGCCUGUGUUUUAAAUUAGUCCAAUAGAAAGUGUGAGUCCUGUAAAGCCUGAGUAAAACAAGUGGACUCUGACUGUGAUUUGGCAAACUGAUUGGCUUUUCUGGGAGUCCAAUGUAUACAAUGUACAAUAAUUUCAUUUUUUUAAAGCUGUGUCCUCUCACUAGGCAAUUAACCAAUAAAGAAAUGUUUAUCAACA